UAUAGAAUGGCAACACAGAAUGCAAAGCAGGCAGCUUACGUUCUCGACUGCUCCGUUUCGAAAGGUGGCGCUAAUGUUCCCAAUGGUGUUAAUCGCCGUUACACACCGAAGUAGUUGCGGGGAAGAAGAGUAAUACGUAAUAGCUUGAAAAACCAACGUGUCUACAAUGGGACUAGAGUCUAUUUAUUCAUUUAUGAUAAAGCGCAUGAUGGCAGUAACCGAUGAAAUAUUCGACUCUGUAAAAGACAGUAUAAUUGAAUAUGAGAAGGAGAUAGAGCGUCUAAAGCAGGAGAACUGUUCUCUGAGGAGCCGAAACUGCAGCUGUGCAGAAACAAUCCUUGAUACUCAGAGAAAUGGAUGUCUGCAAGGUCAGACGGGUUCAGAACCGUCAGAAAUACAAGUGAAGUUGGAGGUUGCCAGUGUGAUGUAUCAUGAGCCUCCUCUUUCUGAAGCAGUCACAGGGCAGGAACAGUGCCUCUCACUUCUGCCAGUGGUGAUGCUGAAGAAUGAAGAUACACAGUCAUCAAUCACAGUUAAGUCAGAGCUCUGUGAUAAUCAGGCCAGUGAAUCGAACUCAUCUGCAGUGCAUUCUGGCAGCAGUUGUCAUGUUGAACUUAAACUAGCUGAACAAGAACCGUCGUCUCUUCAACUUGAGCCUGAAACCUUUGAUGAGGUGUUACAAAAAGCAAGGCGAAAAGGUCAGAGUGCAUUAUGCACGAUUUGCAGCAAGCCUUUCAGGAACAAUGGAUAUUUGCAAAAACACAUGUUAGUACACCAAAAGGAGAGGCCUUUCUGCUGUGGUUCAUGUGGGAAUCGUUUUAAAACGAAAUCCAACUUAAAAGAACACGAGAGACUUCAUGCAGUUUAUUUGAUAAAGUUACCCAACUGGACAACUGUUAUCAUGGCAAAGCCCCUCGCUCAGUGCGACUCCUCCCCCUCAACAUCCACAACCGACGCGGCUACUGCACCGAGAAAUGAGAGAAGUGCUGAGGACGACAUUCUGAGCCGGUUUGAAAUCGGCAAAAUCCUUGGUUUUGGAGGAUUCGGCAAGGUUUAUGAAGGGACGCGCUUGGAGGAUGAUCUUGAGGUGGCAGUGAAAAUUGUCAAAAAGUCAAAGAACAUGGAAUACAUCAGAAUUCCUGGUCAUCCUACACCCGUCCCAUUAGAGGUCGGCCUGUUAACCGCUGUUAAUAGGGGCCCCAAAGUUAAAGAGAUCAUUGAACUGCUGGACUGGCAGGACCAGCCUGACCAAUAUAUCAUGGUCUUGGAGCGUCCCCCACACUGCGAAGAUGUGUUUCGUUUUUGGGAUAAUCGCAAACGCAUCCUCAGUGAGGAAACGGCACGGACUAUCAUGGCACAGGCAACAACGGCUGCUCAGACGUGCUGUGACCGAGGAGUUUUCCACGGUGACAUCAAGUUACAAAACCUGCUGAUCAACAAAAAAACACGUGAGGUCAAACUGAUUGACUUCGGGAGCGGGAGUUUCCUGAAAGAGUCCGGCUAUUACAACUUCCGUGGUACAAGACCGUACUGUCCACCUGAGUUCCACACAAGGGGCAAUUACCACGCUGAACCAGCUACUGUGUGGUCUCUGGGAGUGCUCUUAUUCGUAAUGUUGUUUGGACGCUUUCCAGAAGCCAAAGACCAUCUGAGGAUUAAUGAUGACAUCUGGUUUGAGCGUCACUUGUCAAAAGAUUGCCGCAACCUGAUUCGACGCCUCCUGCGGGAAAACCCAGCCCAGCGGAUUGAUUUGGAGGAAAUCAUUUCCCAUAAUUGGUUUAAGGUGUGCGACUCCCCCUCAACAUCCAGAACCAACGCGGCUACUGCACCGAGAAAUGAGAGAAGUGCUAAGGACGACAUUCUGAGCCGGUUUAAAAUCGGCAAAAAGCUUGGUGUAAGAGAAUUCGGCAAGGUUUAUGAAGGGAAGCGCUUGGCAGAUGGUCUUGAGGUGGCAGUGAAAAUUGUCAAAAAGUCAAAGAACAUGGAAUACAUCAGAAUUCCUGGUCAUCCUACACCCGUCCCAUUAGAGGUCGGCCUGUUAACCGCUGUUAAUAGGGACCCCAAAGUUGAAGAGAUCAUUGAACUGCUGGACUGGCAGGACCAGCCUGACCAAUAUAUCAUGGUCUUGGAGCAUCCCCCACACUGCGAAGAUGUGUUUCAUUUUUGGGAUAAUCGCAAACGCAUCCUCUGUGAGGAAACGGCACGGACUAUCAUGGCACAGGCAACAACGGCUGCUCAGACGUGCUGUGAUCGAGGAGUUUUCCACGGCGACAUCAAGUUACAAAACCUGCUGAUCAACAAAAAAUCACGUGAGGUCAAACUGAUUGACUUCGGGAGCGGGAGAUUCCUGAAAGAGUCCGGCUAUGACAACUUUUGUGGUACAAGAAGGUACUGUCCACCUGAGUUCCACAAAAGGGGCAAUUACCACGGUAAACCAGCUACUGUGUGGUCUCUGGGAGUGCUCUUAUUCGUAAUGGUGUGUGGACGCUUUCCAAAAGCCAAAGACCAUCUGAGGAUUAAGAAUAAGACCUGGUCUAUGUUUCACUUGUCCAACGAUUGCUGCAAACUGAUUCGACGUCUCCUGCAGAAAGACCCAGCCCAGCGGAUUGGUUUGGAGGAAAUCAUUUCCCAUAAUUGGUUUAAGUUGCGGUCAAAACCCAAAUUUAAUGGAGUGGAGAAGAUCAAAACAUGGACAUACAUGUCUGCUACGGGACUGAAUGUGACCCCUGGACCGGAUUACGCACAGGUACUCUGUUUCUCUGUCCAGGUCGUAUCCAGAUUGAGCCGACACGGCUGAAAAGCAUCAACCAUUUGAGGAAAAUGAGAUGCCGAUGAGAAAGAGGACAAGGACGGUAAGUUUUGUGAAGCUGCCGUCUCUUCAUUAUCGUGACUGCGGCAGCUCAGACCAGACCACUGCACCGAUAAAUGAGAGAAGUGCUGAGGGUAAAUCAAAUGACCAUUACAAAUCCAUCCACACCAACACGCAUUAUACCAUAAUUAAACUUAAGUUUUUUCUUUUAAUUCCAAGACAUGUCUUAAAAAUUGUUAAAAAAACUAAAGUGUUACAAUAAUCAUGUUACAAUCAAUGCUACAAUAAUCGUUACAUCAUUAGAAGAAUGGCAUCUAUGCUAAUUUUAGUGUCUUUGUUUAUCCCGAGGUUUUCCCGCAGCCUGCCGGAUCCAGGCCGUAUCCAGAUGUGAAUUCGUUUCGCGUCCCUACCCUGAAGUGAUUCGAAAAUCUGUAUCAAAUUUAUAGACAAGAAGUUUGUUCAGGCAUGAGGGAAUUUAAAAACCUGCGUCCAUAUAUUCAAACGCACAUAACUCUUGAAUCAGUUCUUAAUGUGCAUGUGAACGUUAUCAGCAGGGCUGUUACUACCAAUUUAUCACAGGUUCGCGUUUAAAGUCUAUUUAGAAACAUUCAUAUAAAUUUUCACGUGACAGUUACUGUAAAUUCGGCCUCUAGUUCAUAAACGCCAGAGGAGAACUGGCCCCCGACUGAGCCUGGGUUCUCCCAAGGUUUUUUUUUCCUCCAUCGGGUCACCUGAUGGAGUUUUUCAGUUCCUUGCCACUGUCGCCUUUGGCUUGCUCAGUUGGGGAUAUUCAAAUCAAUUAUACAGGGCUGUUGAACGCUUGAUUCUGAUUGGUUGAGAACGUUUUAAAGGUGUGCAAUUAUUUUCACGGCUAAAGUAGUUUCAGGCAAGUUUGAACCGCAUUACAGUUCCAUAUCACUGCGCGUAGUUAACGGAAAAUAGGAUACAAUUCAUAACAAGAGAAGACAUGCAGCCCCAUGCGCUUGAUCUGCAAUUUUCGAUGUCUAACUUCACAAUCAAUGGACACAUACAGUUUAAUUUUAAUAAAUAAAGUAUAGUCCUAUCUAUAAUAGGCUAAAUAGAAAAUUAAACUGAAUAGGCUAUAUAAAUAAAUUAAUAGUCCUGCUGCACGGAUUUUCGUAAUUAUUCCAGAUAAUAUAACAAAUAAAUAAUUAUUGAUUGGCUUA